AUGAAGCAAUCUGAGACCGUCAAAGAGUACUCAGACCGGCUUCUUGGCAUUGUUAACAAGGUAAGGUUGCUUGGCACUAAGUUUAAAGAUUCAAGAAUCGUUGAAAAAAUUCUUGUUACGGUGCGUGAAAGAUACGAAGUAUCCAUAACUACCUUGGAAAACACAAAAGACCUGUCCAAGAUUACUUUGGCAGAAUUGCUAAAUACAUUGCAGGCACAAGAGCAAAGGAGGCUUAUGAGGCAAGAUGGUAUGGCUGAAGGAGCCUUGAUAGCCAACCACAAGACUCAAAGCAAGAGUGAUAAUUCAAAGAAAAAUUACUCACCUUGCCAGCAUUGUGACAAAAAAGUGAUUUGCAAAAACAAAUGUCCAAAAUAUGAAGCAGAUGCACAAGUCGCCAAUGAAGAAGACGAAGACCACUUGUUUAUGGCAACAUAUUUUUCAACAAAGAAAUCUGAUUUUUGGAUGAUUGACAGUGGUUGUACAAACCACAUGACAUAUGACAGAAAUAUUUUAAAAGAGUUUAUGUCAAUAAAAAACAAAAAAGUCAGAAUCGAGAAUGGUGACUAUAUUCCUACAAAAGGAAAAGGGACUAUUGCAAUCAAAAUAGGUUCAGGUACAAAAAUAAUUUCAGAUGUUCUUUACGUGCCUGAUAUUAAUCAAAAUCUAUUAAGUGUUAACCAGCUAGUGGAAAAAGGAUUUAAAUUGUUAUUCGAUAACAAGUACAGUCGAAUCUUUGAUGCCACUAAGCAGGAGAUUUUACGAGUUAAAAUGAGGAGUCAAAACGUCUCAUUUAAUCCAACAAAAGAUGAACACAUACCAGAAAACUACAAGACCAAAGAUGAAUUGGCAGAUUUGUUCACGAAGUCAAUUCCUGCCAAGUCUAGAGUUUGCAGUUCCAAAACCAAGGAGGAGUGUUAG